CGCUGCUUUGAUCUACGAAACUCCACGAAACGAAAUAGGCGGGGACAGUUGAUUUACCGUAAACCAAUCAAAAUCUUCUUACGCUUUACUCAGAAUUGCGCCAUCCAAUCAGAUGCAACAAAUACAAGGGUCUAAUUGAUUGUAAAUACCGCUAGUUUUAAAUCGCACAGCAGUAUGUGUAAGCGUUACGGAGGUGUCAGUGUGUAAUUGUAAAUUUUAUCAGAUUUUUAUAGGUUUUUAUUGUUUUUACAUACACGAUUUUAAUCACAAUGGCUUUCAAUCCUUUUACGGAUUAUCUUGGAUGGGGCUCUGGGCGGUGCUCUGGGUAUGGAACUCUUUCAAAUGAUAAUCAUGAAAUUCUUGACAAAAUUAUGGGAUCGGUUCCAUCAACCUGUCAGUUUGACAACCAUCAACAUGACCAAGAACACCUCUACUGGACAUUGGAUCGAAACUUGGAAAAUGUCAACGUUGACUCAUUGGAAGUGAUCAGAUGGAACGCUUCCAAUGAGUUUAAGUACAACGGCGUCGACAUAGAGAUGGACGAAGUUGACCAGAUCCAGCUGCGAAUCCGGACGACGACGACUCCCCCCUCCCCACCGCCGGCACCGACGCCCAUGGAGGAGGAAUACAUGGCGGCCCGAGAGCGGAAACGCAGCGGAAAAGGCGUCAAGAAACCCCAAAGUAAACACUGCGUCUUCUGCAAAAACAAUGGGGAAACGGCAGCAACAUAUAGCAGCCACAUCCUUAAGGAUCCAUCCGGACGAGUGCUUUGCCCGAUUCUGCGGGCUUACACGUGCCCCACGUGCGGGACUUCAGGCGACAACGCGCACACCAUGCGGUACUGCCCAAGAGGUUCCGACGAUGCCGGGAGUAGCCUCAGUCUGCUGCGCACGCCGCGCCUUAGCACCGGGAAGCAGAACCCACGUGCGCACGUGCUGAGGAGGGACAACAGGCCGCAGUUUCCCGGUGAUGUUUCGGGCCUUGGUUUUGUGUUUUAGAAUGACUGGAUUUUAAAGACUUCCAUUUUAAGGUGUACAUAAAGAUUUUUUAUAGUGCUUGUACAUAGGAGUUUUUCUAGUGCUGUUACACAGAAUGUGCUUUAUUAUCCAAUAGCUAGGAUAAAUCUUUGUUCUCUAAUGUUAUAAUUGUUUGAGCAACUGCCAUUAAAUUGCCAAGAAAUUAUAUUUGACCAUUUGAAAUUGUCAUAUUUUGAUCAAAUUAAAGCUAAAACCUUGAAAUUGUUAUGUUUCUGAUUGUAAUGUUUCUUUUGAUUUAGAAAACCUGAAUUGCUAUCAGAUUAAAAACUUUUGUUCCAUUGUUAUAUAACAUGGAAACAGUGCUUUAAUACUUAAUAAUGUACAAACAAGAACUGUUAUGAAGAUACAAUGAUUCAUCUUUUGGCAUGUUUUGUAUUGUCUGUUGUUUUAUUAUAUUAAAUAUGCAAAUAGUGGUUAUGAUAUAUGAAAUUGAAUUGAACUUCUUGCUAUUUUUGAAGUUAAGUUUUAGAAAAGAAAGAUUAUUUGAAAGAUUCUGAUCUUUUAUCAUGGUGAUCAAAUAUUUUUUUUUUUAUGAGUACCAGUUUUAAAUGAUACAAAUUAAUUUGCAUGAACUAACUUAUUAUUUUACAUUAUGUGCUGCCUACUGUUAAUUGCAUGUUUUUAUGCUCAUACACAAAUUUCUUAAUGAAAAACUGUGUGAUCAUAAAAAAGUAAUGGAAUGUCAAUAAUAUUGCAUGAGCAUGCCAUCAGAGGCGUCAAAGUUCAGGAUUAUUCCUGAAAUCAGGAUUUUUGCCGGUAAGGAUCAAUUUAGAUAUUGAUAUAAAUCAGAGGAUUUUUUUCUGUAAUUUUAAGAUUAUUGUCACAAAAUGUCAUCUUAAACACAAAUUAUUUUACUUUGAAAUAUUGUUUACAAAGUUAUAUACAAUAGUAAACAAAGUUACAUGAAUUAUUAACCCUUUUUUGCUAUGGUCUCAAAACGAUAGGCUUAUUUUCAGGAUUUUAGAUUUUGGCUAAUUGACACCCCUGGCCAUUUAAAAGUGUUCAAAGUUGUUGAAAUUAUUAACAUAUUUUGUGAAUAUUAUAUAUAUAUAUUCUUUAAAAAAAAUGUUACACAGUGCUAUAUAUAAUUUCAACCUUUUUCGGUUUAUGUAUCUAGUAUUCAAAUUGUGGUAUUACAAAGUAAUGUAUGUAUAUUAUGUGAGAGUAGUAGUAAGUUUAUUGUAAAGAAAGGCCUCCGCCCCAUAAUACAACAUGUAUACAUAAUAUAUAUACAGAUAAUACAUAAUGAGAAAGUUAUGUUGAAGUUCAAAUUUAUUUUACAAUUGGUUCGUUUUUUAGGUGUUUAAAAAGUAUUAGUAUUUUAUAAAUUCAUGCCAUUGUGUAUAUACUAUAUUAUUAAGUAGGGAAAACCUAAUUAAUUAAGUAAAAUACAUGAUGUGUACGGUCAGGGCCCUCAAUCUAACAAAUCCACGGCCGAAAUUCGGCCGCAUUCCCCCCCCCCUGAAAAGUAUACUUUUUUCCCCUUUUUGGGGGAAAAAUUCCCCCUAAAAAAAAAAAAUUUAGAUAGAUGUCUCAUGAUUAUUAUAUCUCAAUUCUAUUUUAAUUUAAUCUUUUCAAACAUACUAAAUUAUGAAAUAAGCGAUGAAUAUAGUGCAAACAUGUACAAAUGUAAUAAUUAGCGAGUAAGUAGAAAAUCCUCCAAAAAGGGAAACGCCGCGAAAAUUCCCCCAGCUAUGGGUAGCGACCCGUUUCCCCUAAAAUGGAUUGAGGGCCCUGGGCUACGUUUAAAUUAUAAGCACUUAAAGUUCUAAAAUAGAUUUUAACACUUAAAUUGGUUGAUAGAUUGUGUUUUAGUAUUUACUUUUAAGCGUUAUGAGUUGAUACAAUUGCCUUCACGUUAACCAAGAUAACAUCAUAUUAUUGUUUUGUUGUCAGGUCUUUCUUGCCAUAUGAAUGAGUUGGAAUAUAAAUUUGUCUUGCUUCAAAUUAGUAUUUAAAAAAAUGGGAAAACUUGACAUAAAUUGCAUGCACGUCAGGUGUUGUCCCAGAUCAGUCUGUGUAGUCUGCUCAGGCUUAUCAGAGAUAACGCUUUCCUCUUUACCUUCUUUUUACCAGAGCGAGGCUCAAUUGUGUGUUUAUUCCCCCCCCCACCCCCCCCGUAGAUGUUUGUAUGUUUAUUCACA